CGCAGAAUCCGUAAGCUACGGACGUGUUUCGCUCGAGCGCAUCGCGCAUCUCCCGACUUCGACCUCCGAUCUCUCGCUCGCACCCGCCCUCCGCUCAUAGCACCCUCUCGCUCGCGCCUCGAAGUGAUCGUGAUAUCGUGCCGCGGAUUUUGAAGUUUCUGUUCGAUUGAGAAAAGGCGGUGAAAAUAUUACACAUUAUAGCGAUUUUGUCAUCGCGAUCAUUGUUAGACGUCGCGGUCCGCCUACGCGAUAAUUAUUCCAGUUCGUUUUUUAUCCCCUUUGGGCAAUGCCCAAUUCUAAAUUGUUUAUUGCGUGACAAAUUCAGAUUCCGUCAGAAAAAGGCCCAAGAAUAAUUUAAUAAAAAUACGAAACACCAGCCCAAACACCCACGAGAUAAUGCAGAUCGUCCCGAAGCCACUAUGCGGUGGCAGCGUGGUUAGCUUUACCGUUAUGCUGCUGCUGAUCAUCGGAGCCGAAUUCGCCGUUGGAAGGCCUGAUGUGCGCGAAUCGCCCUUCGCCCUCGAACUGCAACCGCCGCUAUUGCAGCCGGACGUGUCCUUCAGCUCGGCCCAAGGGGGCAAUGGUGGGCCAAAGGCCAUCGACAGCUACGGUAACCCCAUCGAUGCACUGCGACCAAUAGACACGCCUGACGGUCGCAAGGUGGUCAGUGCCCAGGGCGUUCAGUUCGAGAUACCCACGUAUGCCUCGGGAAUCACAGAGAUCCGGCGGCCGGCCGAUGAUCUUUUGCCUCCGCACAUUGGUGAGUUGACAUCUACGCUACGAGCAGCGGCUGCCAGCGGUGCCAUCAGCAAAACAGAAACGGAAACGGAAACCAGGACAGAAACCAAUGCCUUGACAGCACCACACACAAACAGUAGUCGUAGAAAUAGUACAAAUAGCAUUAGCACCCGCACCGCACUAGCCGCACCCAUAAGCACCACUAACAAACUGGCCAAGCGAGAUUCGCAGGGCGGCCAGUUCCCCAUUGCACCACCCAGUAACCGCCACGCCCCUCCCUCCUUCUCCCUAAUCAAAUUGAAUCCCUUCCUUGGUCUGGAUACACCCAUUACCCAGAUCGGUAGCCAUCCCAGUCCAAAUUCAAGUCCCAGACUCUGCCCCAAACCCAGUCCCAGUCUUAAUCCCAGUGCCAGGUCCUUAUCCCAAGUCCCAGCCAACGCGAAUUGCUCGAAAUAUUCAACUCCGAAUCCGAAUCCUCUCCAACCAGAUGCCAUCGCUGUGGGCCUGGAACCCAGCGCCGAUCAGAAACCGAAUCCGAACUCAUUCACUGGCACAGCAUCAGCAUCCGCACCAGCACCACUUCCAGCCACAUCAUUAACACCGCCCCUCCAUGAUCCACCAUCAACCGACACGACAACCACCGCGGAUGUGGAGGUGGAGCAGGCGCACCUGGUGCCACUUCCACAGGACGAGAAGGAGGCGGAUUCUCUGCCCGAUUAUAUCCGGGAGUUGCAACGGGAGGAUGCGAAUAUUGGCGGUCCAAUCGAAUGGAAACCGGCUGCCGAUGGGGCACCUCUCAGUGUGAUUGCCUGGGACCUGUUGCCACCGCACCAGGAUCAGGAUUCCCACCGCCAGGCGGAACAGGAACAGGCACAGGAGCCCACGAUUAUCACUCAGGCCCAGCAGCUGCCGGCUAAGAAGGUGCAGAGCAUUGUCGAUCCCAUAACCAACAACAUACGCAUCAGCCUGAGCAGUGGUAAUGCUUUGAGUCCGGAAGCACCACAAGCACAGGCACAGCCACAGGAGCACCAACAUAACGAUGGGCCGGGGCAUCAUGGCACCAAUGCGCAUGUCGGCAGCACCACGCCGAGCAAUCCGGGCCGCUUUCCGAACCGCCAACGUGGCACGGCCCACUACAGCACCACCAGGAGUAGUAGCACCACUCUAAGGCCGCGCAGCACCACCACGCAAGCCACGACGACCACAACAAGGGCCACCACGACGACAACGAGGCCCACUACAACCACAACUACCAGGAGAAUAACUACAACCAGGACCACAACUACAGCGAAACCAGAGACGCGCACUGCCAACCCAAUAACCAGCACUAUUGGCACCACCGAGGAUCCGUCCACCUUCUAUCGCCUUGACAACGAGGAGGCCUACGCCUACACAUUGCCCACGUGGCUGCAGGAGGUUACCGAUCCGGAUCUGGAUGUGGCAGUCACCUUUGAAGUGCCCGCCGACAACGAUCUUUACAACCACACGCUGGCCAAAGAUCUGGAGCCACCAUUUGAGCCAUUCGUCGAUUUGGGCAACAUUCAAUUGACACCACCGCCGACUACUAGGCCCAUAGUCACAACACCAACCACAACAACCACAACGACCACCACCACGGCAGCACCAACAACGACAACCACAACAACAACUAGCACAACCACAACAACCACGCCACGAACAACGACAACCACAACCACGCGACGUCCGAGCACGCAGAGAACCACCACCAAAGCACCCAUACCACCCACUCACAGCAUCCAAGUGCACAAAGAACCACAGCAAGUGAAACUGACCACAACCACCACCCAUCACGCAGAUAACUCGCCGACGGAUUCGAGCAGCAGCAGCACCUAUACCAGCACCAUCAACACCACUCCGAGCCAGUUUGAUGCAGGCAACCCAUUCGAUUCGGCCACAAUUCCCGCCUGGCUGCGUGACUUCGAUUAUCCGGAUGUUGGUCCCGGAGUGCCCUUUGAUCCGGACAAUUAUGGACCAGCAGCUAGCAGCACCCGUUACCCAACCACCCCACCACGUCUCCCCACCGUCCCGUCCGCCUCCUCCGCUUUUCCAUCCAAAGUCACGCUUCCGCUUCCAGGCAGCAGCAGCAGUAGCAGUAGCAGUAGCAGCGAGAGGCCACCGCUGGUGCUCGUUCCGCCCGCUGACAGCUCGGAUUCCGGUUUCGAUUCCGGUUCCAGCUCUGACAUCGGCUCUUUCUCCGGCACCAAUCCCGGACCACUGAUCCAUCCCACUACCAACUCUAUCACGCCUUUUGCAGCCCGCUUCGAUCCACCAGCCGUCAAUGCCAACUCACCCAACAUCGAGCCCUCCCCAACCAGCAAGGUCGAGUACACGAAAAGCGAUGAGGGCAAGGUCAUCAGCACUCCGGUCACUAGCAAUCAGCGUAAGACGGAAGCAGCGGCAUCAGUUAGCAACACUGGAAAGUACACGGGAGGAUUUGGCGCACCAGCGGGACUACUGCGUCCACAGUCUACCAAUCCGGACAUCUAUGUGGGUGGCAACAAGCACGAGUUCAGCACCAUUGUGCAGGCAAACAAGGGGCGACCCAUCGUUAAUCCAGGUCGCUACAAUGGUGGCUUUGGAGCACCCACGGGUAUCCUUUCGCCACAAGCGCAGGCGGAGCCGCGACCAUUCCAGCCCAUAAGCCAGCAGACGGAACACAGGGAACAGCAAGCCGAUAGUAGCCGGCGAACGGAUAGCCGUUUUGGUGGACCACCCGGCAUUCUUGUGCCCUUCGACAACGUGCAGCGGACUGGGGGACAGUAGCAGAAUGUGCGAAAGUCCGGGAGACCGCGAAUACUUUAAAUUAUUUAUAGCCCAUGUACAUGUACCUAUGCUAGAGCUAACUAAGUAGAUGACCUGCGGGUCAUCGCAUUACUUGCGAAAUAAAUCGUCUCAGAACUACCAA